GGAUAAGAUUAUUUCUUAUGUUAAUCCCAGAGUGUCCUUCGUCGACUUAAAAGAAGUUUAUUUAAACGAAUACAAUAACAAAGUUAAAAUUGGAGAUGAUCAGAAAAUAUGUCGAUUAUGUUUGCAGUUAGUUAGCAAAGGAUUUGUGCCAUUUUAUGAAGUAAAAUUAGAGAUGAUUCAUAGGUACAUUCCAGAAGUUUAUAUUGGCGUUACUGAAGAUCCGGUCGUUUGUAGACGAUGUUUUGAUUCACUCAACGUUCAUGAUAAUUUCAUAAAGACCUGUUUGGAUGUUGAAAAGCAAACUCAUAACAUAAAUAACAACAAAGUGGCAGGUUUCAAGCCUAGCAAUAACUUUAUUAAGAAUGGGAAUGAUGAAACAGAAUUGGAAAAAGAACGGCAGAUGAAAAGGUUGAUUAAAAUUGAAAAAGAGUUAAAGACAGAAGAAAUGUUGAUCAAAACUGAAGAGAUUGACCUAAAAAGUGAAGGAAAUGAUUGGGAAAGUGAUUCCUUUUUGCUUGGUUCACAUAAUGAAACAGUUCAAAAUAAAAUGAGACACAUUUAUAAAGAAGAAGCAGAUAUAAAACGUGAAUAUAUGCUUAAAUGUGAGACAAUUGAAGUUCAAAUAAGCAAACCUGAAGCUGCAUUGCACACACCAUACAAUAGUGAAAACAAAAAUGAGCUUAACGGAGGUCUAAAAGAAGAAGCUGCUCUAGAUAUGUGUUGUAAGGAAAGUUCUAGCUGUCUUCAGUUAAUAAGCAAAACCCAUCUGGAGCAAGAACGUAUAAAUGUGAUGUGUUUACUUACGAAACUAAGUACAAGAGUGAUCUCAGAGUGCAUCAGUUAA